GAGACACCAAGUGCAGCCACCUGUCUCGACCAAAGUUUCAACAUUACGUCUGCCUGCACAGUCACAUCCUCUAUUCAACCCCUCUCAUCCUCGUAUACCACCAACUCUAGAAAAUACAGCGAAUAUGGCCGGUGAUCCACGAGCGCUGCUGCGACAGGCAGAAACAUCAUUGCAGAAGGCAGGCGGUGGCUUCAGUUUCUUCAGUAACAAGGCAGACAAGUAUGAGGCAGCCGCAGAGCAGUUUAUCGCUGCAGCAAAUGCGUUCCGCAUGCAAAAGAUGGGCAAGGAGGCAGGCGAGGCUUUCGAAAAGGCAGCAUCAGUACAACGUCAGCACCUGAACGAACCUGAUGACGAAGCAAACACGCUCACAGACGCCUUCAAGGCCUACCGCAAAGAUGACCCAGAAGCAGCUGCGAGGUGUUUAGACAAAGCCAUUGCGCAUUACUGUGCCAAAGGCAACUUCCGCCGUGCAGCCACUCACAAGCAGAACCUUGCCGAGCUCUACGAAGUCGAGCUUGGUGACAACGCCCGAGCCGCAGCCGCCUACGAGGAAGCGGCUGGAUGGUACGAGAGCGACAACGCCGAAGCACUCGCCAACAAGCUUUGGCUCAAGACUGCUGAUCUCGUCGCUUUAGAAGGCAAGGACUACUACAAAGCCAUUGAGCUUUAUGAAAAGGUCGCCAGGACCUCUAUUUCCAACAACCUCAUGCGCUGGUCCGUCAAGGAGUACCUUCUCAAAGCUGGUAUCUGCCAGCUAUGCACAGGCGACCAGGUUGGUGUCAACACUGCGCUUGACAGGUACAGGGAGCUAGAUCCAAGCUUCCAGCAGCAGAGGGAGCACGCGUUGCUCGUUGACUUGGCAGGUGCGGUGCAGGAAGGCGACCAGGAGAUGUUUGCUGAUAAGCUGUUCCAAUUCGACCAGCUGAGCAAGCUCGAUAAGUGGAAGACUACGCUUCUGUUACGGGUCAAGAACACAAUUGAAGAGGGAGGCGAGGACUUCUCGUAGAAGCCAGUUAUUUGGAAGAGUUCCUGCUCUGUACGGCGCUUUAGUUCACUUUUGUGUUUGGUAUAGGCACUCCUUGUCUUUGGGCCUACAAUAGAAUGAGAUCUGGCAGAACCACCGUAUGAAGCACGAAGUAAAUGCGAUCUCUGUAUC